AUGAAGGCCGCGGCGUUGAACUUCAUUGACCGGACCGACAACUACGGGCCGUUCAAGUUGUUCUGCGACGACCUGUGCCCUGGUAAUGUGCUGGUGAAUGACUCGCUCCAAGUCACUGGGGUCGUUGACUGGGAAUUCUGUUACGCUGCUCCUGCACAAUUCGCCGGCAGCAUUCCAUGGUGGCUGCUCCUCGACCGGCCACACACAAUCAUUGACAAAAAGGGUGCCGGUGAUUUCCUUGCAGAGUUUCUUCCUAAAGCGGAGGUAUUCCUACAGGCUUUACAGCAAAGGGAAUAA